AUGAAGUUUUCUCUGAAGCUCCCCGAUAAUCAAGACCACAAGAACCCAAUCGUAAAGGGGAAACUCCCCAUCACCAUGUUCAAUCAACCCUUUACUUCCUCUUUCACUUCCGCCAUUAGCUCCUCCUCCUCCUCCGACCUUUCAUUUUCCCUUUCCACCAAUUUCCUCUCCGGCCCUUGUUUGAAGCUCACUUACUCUCCCAUGGCGGCUUCUCCAUCCGCCGCCACCGCUUCGACUGGUCCUUUUACUCUCUCUCUCAAGUCUGGGCUUGGCCUUUUUGGCUCCCCGGACGACUCGCCUCUUGUGUUUUCCUCUCAAUUUUCCCUCUCCCUCGCGAAACCCUUUGUUCCCUCUUUCUCUCUCCUCCUCAAGCCCCAAUUCGGCAAUUUCUGCCUCAGGAAGAGCACCGUUUCGAGCCCUAACGAUCAAUUCUCUGCGUUUCAGCCCAGCGAUGGGGUUCGGUUGGAUCCUGGGUCUGCUUCGGAUCCGAAAUUUGGGAGUGGGUUUGCGGUGGAUGAGUCGAUGGGAUGGCAGGAGCUGAAAUUGGAGACUAGUAGCGGCCAUGGUUCUCAGGAGGAGUUUGGAGUUCAGUCUAGUGGAGGAAUUUUUCAGAGACAUUUGGAUGAGACGAAAAGCAUAAGAGAUGGUGUUUUCUCCGGGGUGGCUGUAAUGGCAAGGACAGCCAUUCCUGUGACCAGGCGGGUGGCUGUGAAUUUCCGGUGGGGGAUGAACUUCCCGACGAAUCCGGUGACGAAAAUGCCAUUUCUGACUGUGAAUAAGAUUUCUGUUGAGAGAGUGGAGGAGGAGAAGGAGGAGAAGAAGAAGACAGCGGAGGAGGGGGGAGAUGUGGAGUUGUUGAAGGGCAUGUUGUUUUGGAUGAAAAAGGAUGUGGAAACUUUGGAAAAAGAAAACAGAGAGAUGAAGCAAAUUUUAGAGGAGAUGAAACUUGGAAGUAUGGGAAAUGGGGCUGCACCAUCUUCUGGUUUGAAUUAUGGUGAUGAGUUGGAGCCAUGGAGGAGGAGCAACAGGAGUGGCUGGGAAGAAAGCAAGUCCAAGAACAAAAGGAAUGGUGGACAAGAAAAUGAUUGGAGGAAGAAGAAGAGUACUGAAGAAGAGAAUGAGGGUAAGAACAACAGGAGAGGGGGAGAAAAGAAUGGAUCGAAAGGGCAUAGUUCCACAAACCGAGCGAAUGAAGUUGAAUCGGAGUUGGAGAGAGCCAUCAAGGCUGCUUCCCAAGUCAAGGCUUGA